GUGUGGUCUGAAAUCGAAAAACUGAAAAUUCUAUCUUUUCCUCUGUAAAAACAGAGCAAAACGACGACGACGACGAUGGCUGCCACGUCAUCUCCGCCGUGUCAUAUCUCCGUCUCAUUCCUCCGUCAACUUCCUCCUUGCACCACCGUUCAAUUCUUGGGUUUCUCACCGGCGAUUUUGACCCACCGUAAACUCGGCCGGUUAACGGUAACCCGGAAUAAUCUGGCGCAGGAUUUUCUGGGCGAUUUCGGGGCUCGAGACCCUUACCCUGAGGAAAUUGCGAGCCAAUUCGGAGAUAAAGUGUUGGGGAACCAAAGCACUGAGCAUAAGAUUCUGAUUCCUAACGCCUCUGUUCUCUCCCUCUCGCAGCUUCAAUGCUCCCCUGUUUCGCCUUCAAUGGCUCCUUUAUCUGCCGAAGAUGCCAAAACUCUCCUCCAUAAGGUUUUGGGAUGGAGUAUAGUAGAGGACGUAGCAGGCGGUUUGAAGAUAAGAUGCAUGUGGAAAGUGAGGGAUUUCGGGUGCGGUGUUGAGCUUAUAAACAGGAUCUCUAAGGUUGCUGAAGCUUCUGGUCAUUACCCUUCUCUCCAUUUAGAAAAUCCUACCCAAGUUAGAGCUGAACUAUCCACUGCUUCCAUUGGAGGUUUAAGCAUGAACGAUUUCAUAAUGGCGGCCAAAAUAGAUGAUAUCAAGACUUCUGAUCUUUCCCCUCGGAAAAGAGUUUGGGCAUGAAACACUAUGCUUCUUUUUUUUUGUUCUUUCUCAUUUCAUUAUUUUGUAACAGUGUUUUAUGAUAUAUAUCUUGGGUUCUCUAUAUUCCUUCAUCGUGUAUGGAUGGUCCACAUGUCAACUUAUAUAGAAGCUAUGUAUUCAUAAACAUCUUGGAUAGCAUUUGACAUAAAAAAAACAAAUACAGUAUUGAGA